CAAAGCACGUGCUUUUCACCUUCCAAUUACUUUCUUACACCUCCCUCCAGACCUGCGCUCUGUUCAUUUUAAUGCCACUCUCCCAGUUUACUGGGAUUUGCAAACCAACCAAAAACUGGAAACAGAAAAACACAGUAACAUAGUAAUUUUGCUAAUUUUUUUCUCUAGUUUUUGGUUUUCUGAAAACUGUUUGCUACAAACUUUAUCUCAACUGUUGGUCCUCAAGACCAUUUCAGUUCUUGUUGCCCACUUUGGAGGGCCAUAAGCUCUGUUUCUGAGGUCAAAAUGCUCAAGCUUUUGAAGCAGAAGUUUAUCAUGCUUGGGAGUUAAGUAGUAUUGGAUAUUGAGAGUGCAGCAUGUGAAAAUUUGCUGGUGAUGUACUGAUAGUGACUUGUUUAUUGAGAUGACCACCUUAUCAUUAAUUUCUGGAAAUUGUGGAAGAAGAAACGGAGGCGAAGAUCAUGGAUCAGAAUUACUCCAUCGAUUUUCAGGAAAGGACCUUUUUGCUAGUGACUUACUUAGAAUUUCAUUUAGAAAGGGAGAUGGAAUCUGGUCCAAGGAUUUGGAAGGACAUAGGAUUAGAAACAGGAACAAGUUUCGUGUUACUGCGAAAAUUAAAAAGGGGAAGCAGUAUGAUUACCCAUGGCCUCAUGAUAUUGAUCCAAACAUCAGCAGUGGUCACUUGAGUUACCUGUCUCAUUUCAAGCCUCUGACUGAGAAGCCAAAGCAAGUUACCCUACCAUUUGAGAAACCACUUGUUGAUCUUGAGAAAAAGAUUACUGAGAUACGUAGAAUGGCUGAUGAAACUGGUCUGGAUUUCAGUGAUCAAAUUGCUGCAUUGGAGAACAAGUAUCAACAGGCCCUGAAAGAUUUAUACAAGCAUUUGACACCAAUCCAACGGCUAUCUAUCGCUCGACAUCCCAACAGACCAACAGUUCUUGAUCAUAUUUUGAAUAUUACAGAGAAGUGGGUGGAACUCCAUGGAGACCGUGCUGGCUAUGAUGAUCCAGCUAUUGUGACUGGUAUUGGGAGCAUGGAUGAAAAGUCCUACAUGUUCAUAGGUCAUCAGAAAGGUAGGAAUACGAAGGAAAACAUUGCUCGCAACUUUGCAAUGCCAACUCCACAUGGCUAUCGGAAGGCUCUGCGAAUGAUGAAAUAUGCCGAUCAUCAUGGAUUUCCCAUUAUUACAUUUGUUGACACUCCUGGGGCCUUUGCUGAUCUAAAAUCUGAGGAACUUGGUCAAGGGGAAGCAAUAGCACAUAAUUUGAGGACUAUGUUUGGUCUGAAAGUGCCCGUUGUAACAGUUGUAACCGGAGAAGGCGGUUCAGGUGGAGCUCUAGCCAUUGCUUGUUCCAAUAAACUGUUUAUGCUGGAGAACUCUGCUUUCUAUGUUGCAAGUCCUGAAGCAUGUGCUGCAAUAUUGUGGAAAUCUUCCCAAGCAGCUCCUAAGGCAGCUGAAAAACUAAGGAUAACAGCUCAAGAGCAUUACCGACUGAAGAUCGCUGAUGGGGUCAUUCCUGAGCCUCUUGGUGGUGCACAUGUUGAUCCUGCAUGGACUUCCCAACAAAUUAAGAUCACAAUUACACAGGCAAUAAAGGAAUUGGAAAACAUGAACACAGAAGAAUUGCUUCAGCAUAGGAGGCUUAAAUUCCGGUCAAUUGGAGGUUUUCAAGAGGGCAUUCCAGUGGAACCUAAACGGAAACGCAACAUGAAACCAUCUGAAGUUAACAUGCCAAAGGCUGCUGACAUAGAGUUGGAGAUUGAGAAUUUGAAAAAGAAGAUCCUGGAAGCAAAGGGACCAUCUGAUCCGAUUACAACCCAAGCAAUUGAGAAGCUCAAGAAAGAUGUAGACAAGGAGAUGACCAAUGCAUUUAUCUCAAUGGGAUUGCAAGAGAAACUCGAAUCAGUGAAGUUGGAAUUAUCAAAAGCCUCAAAAGACACAUCAAGUCAGCCCCUUAAUCGUAAUUUGAAGGAGAAAGUUGAUAAAAUAAUGCAGGAAUUUAACCAUAAUCUAUCGCAGCCAGGGGCGUACCUUGGCUUAAAGGAGAAGCUUGAAAAGCUAAACUUGGUUAGCAGGCUUAUCGAGAAAGAGGAAAGAAAACAGAAACUGAAAGCUGAGAUUAAUCAGAAAGUUCCAGCUGAGCUCAAAGAGAAGAUGGAACUUUUGAAGAACGCUGAAGAAAAGAUAUCCAAAGGGGAACCAGUGGAUAAGGAGUUGAUGGAAGAAGUAGAGGCAGUUAAGAAAGAGCUUUUGGAGGUCCUAAAGUCAGCUAACUUGGAGGUUGUUGGGGUGACCAAGAAAAAUGUGGUCACUGCACCUCCAGAGUUGAAGGAGAAAAUAGAAAAGGUGAACACAGAGAUUUAUGAGGAAAUUGAGAGAGUAAUAAAUGAAGCUGGUAUUAGUGGAAGAAUAGAGGAGUUGAAGGCUGGUAUAGCAAAAGGCUCAAGUUCAGAAGACAUAGAAAAAGCAGAAGCAAAAAUAAAGGAGGAGAUUCUUGCCACUUUGGAUGUAGAGGCACUAAAAGAAAAGGUUAAGAGUUUGACAGUGGAGUUGGACCUUCCUGAGGAAACUGUUGCAGAAGGUGAGAUUAGUGCUGAAAAUGGCAAAUUUCAGUGAGAGAGGGGGGCUUUGUAAAUUUGUUAUACAUUUUCAUGAUCUUCGAUUUAUGAUAUUAAUAUUUUGGUCAAAAGAAAA